AUGGCAGCAAGCUCCCUGCUUCUUUUUAGCUUAUGCAUUGGUCUCCAAAUUUUCUCUGGAUUCGCUGAUAAACUGGUCUUGAACAUCGAUUGUGGAGCAACGGGUACGCGCAGUGACAGCCUGGGCAUGAAAUGGGUCGGCGACGACGGCUAUAUUAACACAGGCCAAACAGCGAAGGUUAAUACAGACUACCAAGAAUACCAGACCCUCCGUUACUUUCCCUCCCAAAAGAAAAGCUGCUACGUCAUCCCAGGCGUGGCGACGGGAAGGAAACACAUGGUUCGAGCAUCCUUUUUUUACGGUAACUACGAUGGGAAGUCAUCGCCGCCAUCCUUCGAUCUUCAAUUUGAUGGCAACCAUUGGGACAGGACUUCAUCGGACGGGCCCUACCAUUGGGAAGUAAUAUAUGCACCCAAGAGAGACAACAUCAGCGUCUGUGUUGCUCAGACAUCUCCCGACCAGAUACCCUUCAUCUCCGCCCUUGUAAUUAGGGAAUUUAAGCAGGGCAUGUAUGAAACGGAUGGCACAGAAGACUUUCUUCUAACGUGGAGGAGGACAGCCUUGGGAUCGGAAAACUUUGUAAUGUACCGUGAUGAUCCUUACGAUCGUUACUGGCAUCCAUCAAAUAGUACGAUCGAUGGCGUAAUUAAUGUAACGAGAGACAACAUGAGCUUCAACAAUAACUUCCCGGAUAUUCCGGGACUGGCAUUAGCCCACGCCAUAACACCAGCGUCCAGCAAUGCCACGACUCUGACAGUCCCAUCGUCGGAGACGGACCUGGGUGAUGAUACAUAUUACUACAAUUUCUAUUUCUACGAAGUGUUAGAGGCAGCUUACCAAAAUAAGAGCAGGUCUUUCGAUUUCCUUGUUGAUGGCGAAAAACUUAACAACAACGGUUCUAUAAUCCCACCUUAUCAGUCAUCUCCGUUGUCUCAGUACAAUCACGUCGGUCGGAGACUGACUGCUGGAUCGGUCAUUUCCUUGGUCAACACACCAGAUGCUUCCCUUCCUCCCAUCCUCAACGCCAUGGAGCUUUUUAAACUCAGGACAGGACUUGCUGACGGAACUAGCACAAACGAUGUGAAGGCGUUGGAGGAGUUACAAGGUCAAUAUGAACAGCUUCAGUCAUGGGCAGGUGAUCCAUGCCUUCCAGCAGGGUCCACUUGGGAUUGGCUCAACUGCAGUGCUGACAAUCCACCACGCAUUACUGAACUGCACCUUACCGGAUCAGGCUUGAACGGCAGCCUUCCAGACUUCAGCGGCUUGGCUGCACUUGAGAUAAUUACAAAUGGGAACAAGCUCACUGAAGUCAAUCCAAGUCCACUCUCAAAUAGGAAGCUGAUGAUUGUUGGAGUAUCAGUUGGCAUGGUUAUCUUAUUUCUAUUGCUAGUUGGUUGUGUUGUCAAUGCACGCCCUCUAAGCCAACAUCUUAGGCCAUCACUCAAUGUUGUGUCUGAGAAUAAUGCAGAGAACCAUCUCAAGCAACAAGCUGGUUGCAUUCAAUUGGAGCAAAAUCAUGCAUUCACCUAUGAAGAGAUUGUCAAGAUUACACAAGACUUUGAAAUCCUUAUUGGUAAUGGAGGAUCUGGUUCUGUUUAUUAUGGAUGCCUUAAUAAUGGCAAUGAAGUUGCAGUCAAGGUAUUGAAAGAUUGGCAAGAACAAGGAUCUAAAGAAUUUGUCGCAGAGGUCAAGUUGUUAAUGACAGUGAAUCACAAAAACCUUGUAUCAUUUAUUGGAUUUUGUGAUGAAGGCAUGAAUAUGAUUGUACUCUAUGAGUACAUGCAGAAUGGAAGCUUGAAAGACAUCUUAUCAAGAGCAGAACUUGUAACAUGGAAGAGGCGGCUGCAAAUAGCGUUGGAUGUUGCAACAGGUUUGGAUUAUCUACACUCAGGUUGCCAACCCUCCAUAAUUCAUAGAGACAUAAAAAGCACAAACAUACUUCCUAAUGAACGAUUAGAAGCCAAGGUAGCAGACUUUGGAAUUUCCAGGGCUGUGGAGAAGACUCAAAUAUCAACCAUGAUUGUUGGUACACCUGGAUAUAUUGAUCCUGAGUACUCAGAAAUAAGCAUUCUUACAAAAAAAAGUGACGUUUACAGCUUUGGUGUGGUUCUUUUUGAGCUUAUGUGCGGUCGGAGAGCCAUAUUUGACAAUAUUGAGGAGCACUGUCAUAUAGUUGAAUGGGCAAGAUCAAAGAUUGUGAGGGGUGAAGUAGAGAGCAUUAUUGACCCAAGGAUUAAAGGGCAGCACAAAAUAAAUUCUGUGUGGAAGGUAGCAGAUAUAGCAUUAGCAUGUACUGCACGAAGGUCUGUUGAGCGGCCAAACAUGGAUAAUAUUCUAAAGGACUUGAAUGAGGCGAUGGAGAUCGAGACUGGUUAUUAUGCUUUUGAUGUUACAAGGACAGAAGUGACGACCAUUUCAAUGUGUUCUGUUGAAACACCUAUUUCAAGUGCAAAUCAUCCAGAACAUCCUAUAGCAAGGUAG